AUGGCUUGUUUUCUUCCCAUGUCCAUGCUUUUCCUCUUCUUAAUGCUGAACCAUCUCUCACUUUGGGUUAAUGCUGCCGAGACGGCGAGUGAUAGUAUUGAGUCUCUUUUUGAUUCCACCAAGGGCUACAAAAUCAGUGGUAGUGUCCUUGCCAUUACCGCAAUUGCGGUUGGUGUAGUCAUGGUAACAAUGGGCUAUCGUUUCCUUCGUGCCGCUCUUUUUGCGGUGGGUUUUGUAGUCGGUGGUGUUGUUGUCGCCUUGGUUGUUGAACACAUAUUUGAAGAUAAAUCCUGGAUCAGUACUGCAUCUUGGAUUGCCUUUGUCGUCGGUGGUUUCCUUACCGGUAGCAUUGUCAUGUCGCUCUAUUCAUUAGGCGUCUUUGUUGUCGGUGCUGCGGCUGGUGUCGUACUUUCCAUGAUGAUUAAUAAUUCGGUCGGCUAUGAGAUCUACCCGAGCAAUCCUCAGGUGGUGCUUAUCGUGCUGUGUAUCGUGCUAGGAAUUCUCGGUGGUGUACUGGCUCUAAAGCUUGAAAGACCAGUUCUUAUCAUUGCCACGAGUCUCUUUGGUGCUGCUAUUCUUGUCUGGGGUGUUGGCUACUUUACCGGUGACUUUCCGGCUUCGAAUGACCUCAAGAAAUACGGAACAAAGGACAUUACCACCAAAGACUGGGUCUACUCGAUCCCGGACGCCUGGUGGGGCUACCUCGUUGGUAUCAUUGUGCUCUUUGGACUCGGGAUGUUCAUCCAGUUUCGCAAGACUGGUCGUAAUAGCGUGAACAAAUCUUACGCUGUGGAACGACAAACUGUGUACGUGGAGGCGACAACUCCAUACGGACAUCAUGAUAACCCUCUUCAACGCGUUUAA